AUGCAAGCGACAAACGUAGUAAUCGAGGAUUGGUUUAGUCCGAUCACCAUUUCAGCCAUUUACUGCCCGCCAAAACAUGCAACCAAACAAGAAGAUUUUGAAAACUACUUUGAAACACUGGGCAAUCGCUUUAUCUCUGGAGGAGAUUUCAAUGCUAAACACCCUUUAUGGGGCUCGCGAUUGAUGUCACCUAAAGGAAGAGAACUACAUAAAGCCAUGGAAAACUUAAAUCUAGAACCAGCAUCCAAGGGGGAGCCAACAUAUUGGCCCACAGAUAGAAGAAAAAUUCCUGAUGUAAUAGAUUUUUAUGUCAUCAAAAAUAUAAACAAGCGAUAUCUAAAGGUACAAUCGUGCUUAGAGCUCUCGUCAGACCACUCACCGGUACUAUUAACAGUGCGCAGCGAAGUGCUUAAAAAAGAAAAACCGUGUGUACUAAGCAACGGGAGAACGGACUGGACGUACUUUCGAGAACAGAUAGAAAAAACCCUAAAUAUAUCUAUAUCCCUAAAAACAGAGGACGAAAUUAAUGAGGCAGUAGAACACUUCAACCACAGCAUACAGCAAGCAGCGUGGGAAGCCACACCAUUUAAUUAUUCAAAGGAAAAAGUUAAGGAAUGGUCCGACUUGACUAAACAAAAAGUAGCAGAAAAACGAAGAUUAAGGAAACAAUGCCAAUUGACUAGAUCUCCCGAGAUGAAGACUAAGUUGAAUAAGGCUGAAUACUCAACUACGAACCUUCAUCAAAUACAUGCCGGAGUACCACAAGGUAGUGUUCUUGAACCCCUACUCUAUCUCCUGUAUACUGCUGAUCUGCCUACAACUAGCGGCGUCAUGACAGCUACAUUUGCGGACGAUACAGUGGCUCUAGCUUCACACGUCAACCACGAAACAGCCUCAGAUAUACUGCAAAAUAAUCUUAAUAAUAUUCAAAAUUGGUUAGUUAAAUGGCGUAUUAAACCCAAUGAAAUUAUUCUCAAGCCGGUAUGGACAUACGGCAUCCAACUGUGGGGAACAGCAGCCAACUCUAAUAUCGAGAUAUUACAACGCUUUCAAUCUAAAGUGUUAAGAAUGAUUGUAAAUGCGCCAUGGUUUAUAACCAAUGACACUAUACAAAGUGAUCUUCAAGUCCUAAGUGUUAAGGAAGAAAUUACAAAGUUGACAAAAAGCUACCAAGCUAGACUUAAAAGACACUCGAACAUUUACGCAGUGAACCUGACAAACAAAUCAAGAACUCUGCAACGACCUCUGCUUAUAUCAGAUAUAAAUUUAAAAACAGAUGAUUCUCGAGAUGAAGACGACGAGAUAGAUGAAAAAAAGGCAGCAUGUGGCUUAUGUGUGGAAGUAGGAUGUUUCAGCGAUCCAGACAUUAAAGGUGUAGCAAAUUUAUUGAAGCGUAUGGUUUUCAUGAGAUCCGAAAAAUACACACAAGACGAUAGUUUUGAAUCAUUCAUCGAAAAAUAUGGCGGAUCUGUUGGCGUCUUAACAGAUAGCGAACAAACAACAUUUUACUUUGCUAUUCAAGAAGAACACUUGUUUCCUGCUCUUGAUCGUUUUGCUCAAGGCUUUAUUAAACCCUUGAUGACGAAAGACAUCAUUACACGAGAGAGAGAGAACAUUAUACAUGAGUAUGAAUUGGUACAUUGUGACGAGAGCAAGGAGCAAGCGUUAUCCUCUGCGCAAACCGAUCCAGUCAAUAAGUAUAUUCGUGAUAGUUCUAUGAUGUUUAUCAAUAAUAUGGAUGAUAAUAAAUUGUACGAAGAAUUGCACAAAUUCAGAAAUCGCUAUUACAGUGCUCACAGAAUGACAAUAGCUAUACAGGCUAAAUUAUCAUUGAGCACACUGGAAAAAUUCGUUGCGAAAUGCUUUGUUGAUGUACCAAGUAAUAGAUUAUCUCCUGAUUACUAUAUUCCUAGUGUUUCUUUUGAUUCUCUCGAAAUCGCAAAAGUAUUAAUCGAAACAAGGCCUCAUUUAUCACAUGUGAUGGUUAAGCAAGGUGACGAAGUAGAAGUAACAUGGACAAUGCAUUUACCACUCAGUUUCUAUAACAGUAAACCUUAUGAAUAUCUCGCAUGGAUUAUUAGGCAUAGAGGAAAAGGUUCUUUAACAAGUUAUCUACGCAAUAAAAUGCCAAGUUGUAUAAGUUUAGAUGAUAAUGUUCAAUGUAGCAGUGAAACGUCCAUGACAUAUAAUUGUAUAUGUACUAUAUUUAAGAUUACUGUAAAGCUCUUCUGUGAGGAACAAGAACAUUUAAAGCAAGUUCUAGAUACAAUAUUUUCUUUUAUUAAUUUACUAAAAAAAGAUGAUCCACAUAAAAGGACUAUUUACUAUGACAUUUAUAAGAUAAUGAAAUAUAAUUUUAGAUUUAUUGACGAAAAAGAUUCUGUGGACUAUAUAGUAAGUUUGUGUAAGGGUAUGCACUUUUAUCCACCACGUGAUUAUAUAACUGCAAAUGAACUUAUUUGUAUUAAGUACAAUCCAGAAGAUAUACAAAAGUGUUUGAAUUAUUUGAAGCCAGAGACUGCGAUUAUCACUAUUUUGCAAAAAAAGCCUCUUCCUUUGACUAUUGAUCAUAAUGAAGUUCAGUCCCAUGUAAAUUGGGACGGAAAGAAACAUAUAUAUAUUGAAGUAUCAAAGGAAUAUAUCGAACAUUGGAAAUCCAUUGAGCCGUUGUCAAAUUUUCAUUUACCAUUAAAGAAUGUAUUCAUUGCCAGCGAUUUCUCUUUAAUAUCGAUACCAGAGAAAGUUUCGAAAUAUCCUGUAAAAAUAUACAACGAUCACAUAUCGGAAAUUUGGUAUUGCCCGAAUCUCAAAUUUCGUUUGCCGAAAUGUUAUGUGAAUUUCCAAUUUGUUUCCACUAUAGGAGUUCAGUCCCCGAAGAAUGCAGUUAUUAUGGAAAUGUACUGUCAUGCAUUAAAACUGCUUUUGUUCGAAGAAUUAUAUCCAGCUGUGGUAGCUGGAUUUGAAUAUCAUGUCCAUACCAGUUAUAAAGGUAUUAUAAUCGAAAUUAACGGGUUUAGCGAAAAAUUACCUCUCUUGUUGAGAACUAUUGCAAAAUGCAUGGUUGACUGUCCAGCACUUGUUACAGAAUCUUUAUUUGAAUGUUGCAAAGUGCGACUAUUAGAUGAGGGAUAUUAUAGCAAGGCAUUUAUGAAUCCAUUUGUUUUUAUCAAUGACGUGAAAUUGUCGAUCUUGAAGCUUAUUCAUUAUACAUACGUCGACAUGCAUACUGCUCUAUCUAGUGUAAAUUUUAAAGAAUUCCGAUGCUUUGUGAAAUCCUUUACCGAUCAUUUGUACAUCCAGUGCCUCGUGCAAGGUAACAUAACGCCGGACGAUGCACUCGUAACUAUACGGGAAUGUCUCGAAAUAGUGAAUUGCGGUCCCUUGCUUAGUAAUACAUUACACCAGAUGAUAGUCAUGCAAAUACCUUUGGGCAUAAGCUGUUGUAAGUUAAAAAGUUUUAACAAAACUGAUCAAACUUCUAUGGUGACAAAUUAUUAUCAAGUUGGUAUCACGUCAUUUAAAUUGUCGGUAUUACUCCAUAUGAUGACAGAAGUAAUGAAUGAAAUGAUAUGUGUUUGGAUAGUAGAUAAAAAACUGCAGUUUAAAAUUAUCUUGUGCGAUUACGACAACAUUAACGGAGUUUUAGGAUAUUUCAUUACCGUUUAUGCUGAUGCAAAUAAAUACACAACCGAGCAUAUCGAUCAGCAGAUCGAGGCAUUUUUGCAAUUCUUUCAUGAGAAUUUGAAAGAUUCCCAUGAAACGAAUUUAGACGAUUUUAAGAAAAUUGCAGAAAAAACAAAUCGAUAUUUCGAUAAUGCUUUUAGUGAAGAAGUUAAUAGAAACUGGAGUGAGAUAAUAACGGGGAAAUACGUUUUUGACAGAUAUGAGAGGGAAAUGCUUGUAAUGAAGGAUAUAAAGAUCAAUGAUCUGAAAGAAUGUUUUGCAAAACACACGGAGAACGGAAGUAAUUUUAGAAAAUUAAGCAUACAUGUAGUAGGAAAUGAUCCAGAGAAUAUUGCGGUCGAAAAAGAAAAUAAGCACUUUACUUUGGAAUAUAUAAACGACGAUCAGCAGGAAACUGGAAAUCAUCGUAUUGUUGACGUAAAAGACUACAAGAAAUAUCUUUAUACCUAUCCUCUUAAAGCAAAGAAUAACUAA